AUGGCGGCGAAUGGGCAGGGGAUAGAGCCUGCCUUGUUGGAUGACAUCAUCAAUCGCCUUUUGGAGUUCCGCAAUGCGCGGACCGUGCGCCAGGUGCAGCUGUCGGAGAACGAGAUCCGCGCUCUCUGUACGACGUCGCGUGAAAUCUUCCUCUCACAGCCUAAUCUUCUCGAGCUCGAAGCCCCUAUCAAGAUCUGCGGCGACAUUCAUGGGCAAUAUGGAGAUCUAUUAAGGCUAUUUGAGUAUGGGGGAUUUCCUCCAGAAGCCAAUUAUCUGUUCUUAGGGGAUUAUGUGGACCGUGGAAAACAGAGUUUGGAGACGAUAUGCCUUCUUCUUGCCUACAAAAUCAAAUAUCCUGAGAAUUUCUUUCUCCUAAGAGGGAAUCAUGAAUGUGCUUCAAUCAAUAGGAUAUAUGGAUUCUAUGAUGAAUGUAAACGCCGAUUCAAUGUUAGGAUCUGGAAAAUUUUUACUGAUUGUUUUAACUGUCUUCCUGUGGCCGCUCUUAUAGAUGAUAAGAUUCUAUGCAUGCAUGGUGGUCUCUCUCCAGACUUGUCACACUUGGACCAAAUAAGAAACUUACCUCGUCCAACUGAUGUUCCGGACUCUGGUCUUCUCUGUGAUUUACUUUGGUCUGAUCCCAAUAGAGAAAUUAAAGGUUGGGGAAUGAAUGAUAGAGGUGUCUCUUACACAUUUGGCCCGGAUAAGGUGGCUGAGUUUUUAAUGCAGCAUGAUAUGGACCUUGUUUGUCGUGCUCACCAGGUAGUAGAAGAUGGAUAUGAAUUUUUCGCUGACAGGCAGCUUGUUACAAUUUUUUCUGCUCCCAACUAUUGUGGUGAAUUUGAUAAUGCUGGUGCAAUGAUGAGUGUCGAUGAGAGUUUGAUGUGCUCGUUCCAGAUCUUGAAACCAACUGAUAGAAAGCGGUUCUUGUGA